UAGCAGGCUGCGAAGGUCACAUGUCCAGCCGCUGCCCCGCUGUGGGUGCGUUGGCUCGGGAAGGGCGGCGAUCACUCUCUCUAGCAACGGGAUCGUGGCACCAGCAGACACCCCCUUCUCCCCCUUUUGGAAAAGCAAAGCUCUGGGAGGCAUUCGCAGUGUUUUCCUGGUCGAUGAGCACCUGCUCACUUCGGCACAACUCAGCUGAGUUAUGAACUCCCCUGAGGGGCUGGUAAGCCCCCUCCCAUACCCAUGUGAUGGAAGCUCCUGGGGCACUUCUAUUCCCUGACCCAUUUCUCCCAGUCCUUAGCCCGUUCCUGGGCUUUUCUUUCAUCGGCUGUAACACUAGAAGCUUGGAGUCUCUGACUCUUUCCAGGAUCUAAGUCCAUCCCCCUCUGUCUCUGACAUGCACGCACAUAUGCCCUAUAACUCACUGCUUCCGUGUUUUAUGCACUACAAUUGCUCUUAAUGCAUCUCCUCUUGGCUGAUCUGGCCUAGGAUCCAAAACAGAGCCUCAGAGGCCCUGGGGGCUGUCCGUGUAAGAUUAGAAGGAGCUCUUUUAGCCUGGUGCAGCAUCCUCCGGGGAAGCCUGCUCUGGCUGGCAGAAGCGCUGGGAUAUUUUUAGGGGGACUGCAUGGGAUUUCCCCAUUGACCCAUUUCUCCCUGGAAGACGGUGGCGAGAGAAACAGGAUCUGCUUUUGGUUUUUUUAUGGAAACUUUUUAAUUGUGUGUUUAUUGCAGCAAAUCCCUCCAGAGGAAAGCUCUCAAAGGCAGGCUUAUAAGCCUCCUCAGCUUUGCACUGCCUUUGAAGGAGAGCGGUCGGAUGAUCUGCAUGGUGUGAGGAGCCAUGAGACCAGACGACAUUAACCCUAGGACGGGACUAGUGGUGGCUUUGGUCAGCGUCUUCCUUGUUUUUGGCUUCAUGUUUACCGUUUCUGGGAUGAAAGGGGAGACCCUGGGAGACAUCCCCCUCCUGGCAAUAGGACCUGCUAUUUGCUUGCCGGGCAUAGCUGCCAUUGCACUAACGAGGAAAACAGAUGGCUGCACCAAAUGGCCUGACAACAAGCGUCCCUGCAGCAAAAAGGCGAAAGACAAGGAAGUGGUGGAGCUGCUGAGAACGCCCUCAGAUCUGGAAUCGGGCAAAGGCAGCUGCGAUGAGCUAGCCAAGAAGGCAUACCUGCAGGACAGGAAAGUGCUGAAGGGAGAGGACUCUGUGUCCAUCUGCACCACCACCACAACCACCACCACCAUGGGAGAAUGCAAGAGCCUGAUCAAAAGGGUGGACCAGGAGGAGAUGCUGAGAUACCUGGAGACCUGCUACCCGGAGAUGCCAGGGAACGUGCUCGUGGGAGAGGGUCCCACUUACAGUGCCUUGGAGAAGAAGAGUUCUCCUCCCUGGGACAGUGCUGCCUGCCCUGACACAGAGGACAACAUUUUUGUGGCUCCAAAAGACAGUAUAAUUGUUUGUUCCUACAAGGAGAAUAGCCCUUACGACAGAUAUUGUUGUUACAUAAACCCUACUGGAGUCAGCUCGGACCAUGAGACUAUAGUUUGAAUGAUGCACAUUUUAUAUAUCUCUAUGUAUUUUUACAGACUCUACAUCUUUCAGCUCUUAAUAGGGGAAAGUAGCUGAUUGCACUGCAUGGAACACUCCUCAUACUAUUACAAAUUUAACCUGGUAUGUGACUGAUGCUCAAACCUUUUGUGCCUGAAAUACUUUCUGUAAGUAAAUAAGCAUGUUUAAGGCUAAGAACUCCUUCUUCUUUGUGAAAAUCAAUUUUAAUUAUUUUAAAAAAUGUCAGUGCUGAAUAUUUUGUCCAGACACCCCCGCUCCCAAGACCUGAGCUCCUAGACAAGUUGGCAAGGUGAAGGCAUUGACUGUCAGCUAAAAUCAAGGCAAGAGUCAAAAGUCUGGAGCUCGCUAUGUAAAAUAACAUGCAAUAAGGAUGAGUGGAUCUUAGGAAUAGUGUCACUUCCUUUAUUUCUGAAGGAAUUGAUAGAAGUCAAUGUGCAGUUGAAUUAGUUGGCUGCCUGAUGUUAAGCUGUUAGAAAAGCUUUUCAGUUCAAUCAGUCUUAGACUCAGGCAGGCAAAAUCAGGGAGCCAAUGUCUGACUUCAGUUUUCUGCUCUUAUUAGAUUUUACAUGACCUUGUUUUAGGAAAUCAAAGAGCAACAUUGUAGGCUAUUACCCUGCCAGCCUCCUGAGUCAAGGAAGGGGACUAGGAUAGAGAGAAUUUUUGAAGGCAAAUCUAUCAGCAGUCAUAUCAAAGGUACAAGUGUUAGGCUAUUUUGCUUCAUUCUUAUUUGUUAAUGAAUCCACCAAAGUUUUUCUAAUAUGUUUGGCACUUACAGCUGUACUUUAUAACAAGAGAUUGAUAAAAUCAUCGCAGAGACUUAGCAGUAGGGGGUCACUGGGUUUGGAAGAUAUAUAUAUUGGAGAUUUAGGGCCUGAUCCAACUCCCACUGAAGUCAACAGACUCCUAUUGGCUGUAACAGAAGCUGGAUCAGGCUCUUAGAGAAGUGUCAUCUUCACAUACCUCUUCAAAAACUCCAGAUGUUUAUCCAUGGAUCUUGAAUAAUGAUAUUUUAUUCAAUAUUAUGAAAGCCAUUUUUAAGGUGGGGGAGACUAGAGAAAUAUGGUUGGCACGAUUUUUCCACAACCAUGCUGUAUGUUUUGUUAACGAGUUCACUGAUCACAGAUGCAUAAUACUGGAACCAUGACCUGAGUGAUACGAAAGCAUAGUGGUUAACCCUUCAGAGCCUGCAAACUGCGUACACAUAUAUAAUACAAAUUACAUAAACGUACUACAGAUUACACAUAAUCUAACAUAUAUAUUACCAUAUGAGAUAGUAUAGAUACAAUAUAAUAUAUAUGUAAUCUAUACAGCCAAUCUAAGGGUUAAACUAUUAGAAAAAAUGUUUGCUAAAGCGUAAAAUAAUGUUAGCAUUUCACAGACAAAGCCUUGAUUUCCAUAACACAAUGCUCAACACAGCUCUGAAAAGUCUCUCCGUGUUGGAAGUCUUAAUAACAGUUCUUGCUUUAGUUAUUUUUAAUAAACCAUAAUUUGUACCAGACAGACUUAUUGAACUACCAGUGUAAAAAGAAGCCACCCCUGGCUAACAGGAGCCUGGGAAUAUUCUGCAGAAACUGCUCUGGAAUUUUCCACUGAGAGAUUGAAAGCUGGACAACUCCUCAUUAUGUCUGUGCAAUUAUUUGGAAAAUAAAAGGAAACCUCAGGCAUCCUGAGGGUCCAUCCAUUUGGAAACUGCUCUCAAAUUGUUACAGACAGUCAGCUCAAAGGAGAUUGCCAAAGGGAGGUUUGGGAAGAUUUCCCAGCGUGGGCUUUCUCUGCUUCUCUCUGGUGCACUAAACGUAACAUUGUUUAUUUUAUUUACGCAUUUAUGUACUGAUUUUUCACGCAGUGCCCAUUGCUGUGGCAUCAGGGUGCUAUUCAGACAAAUAAAACAAAUGCAGGUUAGUCUCAGUCAGGGACAGCCAGUUAAUAUUAACACACCACAGGUCUUGCUGCUGGGGGAUGUAGUUCAGGGACUCGUAUUUGCAAAACUUGAGCUUUUGUCAGACUAAAUGAGUCCCACAGAGAGAGACCCCCCAAUUGAAAAUGUUCAGCUUCCAGCCCUGGACAGAGACACCCCAGGGAUUGUCUCCAAGAAUAGCUCAAGAGAUCGUAAUCACCAUAACAGAAUAUAGGGCCGGAUCCUGCAAGGUGCUGAGCAGCUCCGGGAUGGUGCUGAAAGCCAGAUCCUGCUCCCAUUUAAGUCAAUAGCUAAAAUCCAACGGACUCCCAUGGUGCAGAAUAAGGCCUUCUGCAUGCCUUCAGCCCCCAUAAGUGGGAGUUGAGGCUGUUGAACAUAGUGCAAGAGGUGCUUAGCACCACUUGAGAUCAGGCCCAUCGGCAGAAAGGCAACCUCUCCGAUUACAUUGUAGUCUCUACAGUUCAGGACUCAGUUAACAAUCCCUUGCAUUGUGUUUGGUAGCAAAUAAUAAGCAGAGCACAGAU